UAUAACUCUAUUUUAGUAUUAGUAUUUAAUUGUUUUUUUUUAAAUAUUUUUUCAUUAUGUGGUAUUUAAUUUUAUGUGUUUUUUUUGUGACAAAAUCAAUGUGUCUUGGUACAGUAAUUAUUGUUCAAGAUGCUGAUUGUGAUGAUCCAUGCUUUCGACGUCUUUUAUCGGGAAAGAAACUCAUUGAUGGAUAUGUUAAAAAAACUUUGGAUUGCAAUAAGCUGCAUGAUUGUCACAGGAUGUGCGAAUAUGAAAGAGGAUUCACGUGUGAAGGUUUCAAUUACCGAUCUCAUCCAAAAGGAAUUUGUGAAUUGACAUCAAUAUCACCAAGUAGAAUGGACAUUAAUCGUGAUUUUAUUGCUGAUUCACAAUAUGAUUUUUAUGAAAGAGAUUGGAUAAGACCAAGAUGUUCACAGAGUAGACAAAAAUAUGGUACACCACAAAAUUGGUGGCCACCUGAACAAAGACCUGGAUGGCAAUAUUCAGAUAGACCUAGAAAUUCUUAUGGGCCAUCAUCUUCAUCGUCAUCAUUACUUCCAAAUCAAAGUCAAGGAGUUGUUCCAUAUGGUCCAAGACCAGUUGAUUUGGGAUAUCGAAGACCAACAAUUCCAUCUUAUAAUCACGGUGAUCCUUGGCACUCUGUAGUGAGUCAAGAUGCAAGAUUACCAUUGCCAGUACAACCAAUUGAAAAUAAUUAUCCAUCAGCACCAUCAUCAAUUCAACGACCAUUUGGAAGUUCAAGAAGACCAGAUGAUUAUGGAUAUAUUGCUGAUAGAUUAACACCUAGUCAUGGCUAUCAAAGAUUGCCACAAUAUUAUCCACCAAGGCCUGGAUACAAUGAUCGUAUUGUUUACAGUGAUAAUGGAUAUUCAUAUGGCCAUAAAUAUCCACCAUCUGGCUAUCAGUAUCCAACAAAAUAUCAACACAGAAGACUUGGCUAUGGUCCUGAUUCCGAUACAAAUGAAGUUACACCUCACUACUCAGCUGAUCAAAGAAAACCAUUAAAACCAAGUUACUGUAAUUCAUGUAGAAUUUAUCCAACAGAUAUUAAUCGUGAUAAUCAAAAUUACAUUGAUAAUAAAAAACAUUAUUAUGAUUCAACAUUAAAUGAUGAUAAACAACAAUUAUAUCAUUCAAAAAUAUCAAGUAAUCAGCAUCAUCAUGAUUAUGGACAAACAAGUGGUUAUGGUGGUGCAUUUGGUUACUCUGAUCAAUCAAAAUUACCACAAAAAGUACUUCCAAUAUUACCAGAUAAUCGUGAAUGUUCAAUAAGAUCAAUUGGUGGUUAUCGUCUUGCUCGUGGUAUAAUAAGAAAAAGUUAUUUAACAUCAAAUUUAGAACAGUGUGAAAGUCUUUGUCAUAAUCAAAAAGAGCUAAUCUGUCGGACAUUUGCAUAUCGAUACAACUUGGCACCAACUGCACCAGCUGAUAAUUGUCUUUUAAGUGAUGCAAUAUUUGAAAAUCUGAUAUACUACACUGAUCUUGAACCAGAUCGUGAUUAUGAUAUUUAUGCUAUGAAUAAUAAUCCAAAAUGGUGUGAAAAUCGAAGACCAUUAACAAUGGAAAAAAAUCAACAUCCACCGGAUGAAUGUUUUUGGCGUGUAAGAAGUGGUUUUAGUAUGCCAUCAUCAGUUAUUGUCAAGUCAAUUCGCGUUGAUGGAAUGGGUGAAUGCCAGGUUGAAUGUGUUACAUCACGUGAUUUUACUUGUCGAAGUUUUAUAUUUAAAUAUGAAACAUAUUAUACUGAUGAUUUAUCAUUGUCAAAUUGUUAUUUGAGUAAUUGUCCGGCUAUGGAAAUUGAUCCAAAUAAAAUGGAAGAUAUGGAUGGUGCUGAAUUAUAUGAAAGAGGAAGUUUUGGUCGUGGAUGUGAACCACAUCUUCCAACACCACAACCAGUUGGCCAAAUACAAAAUAAUAUUCGACAAUAUAAUCAUAAAUCAAUGAAUUUUGAUGAAGCAUCUUGUUAUGCUGGAUAUGAGAGACCUUGCAAGUUAACACCAUAUGCAAUAAUACUGACAACAACAGUUCAUACUGAAGCUGAUUGUCGACGCAAAUGUUCCAACAUGCGGAUUGAUAAUUCAGUACCAUGCAUGUCAUUUAGUUACAAAACAAAUAAUAAUAAUCAUCAUCAAGGUGAAAAUUGUUAUUUGAGUGAUGUACCAACUAGAGAUUUACGUGCAGGUCUUGAUUAUACCCAUGAUAAAGAUUAUGUAUUUUAUGUUUGGAAAGAACUUGAUCCACGUUGUUCACAAAUACAAUCAUCAAGUUUUAAUCAUCGACAAGAUUUACUUCCACCACCUGGUGGUUAUAUACCACCAAUAAAUAAUAGUCAAAAACCAUAUGAAAAACCAGAUGAUCCAUAUUUUCAUGUUGGUGUUACUGUGCCAGAACCAAAUAGACCAGCUCCACAAGUCAAUCAAGCUUCAAUUGGAAAUUCACAAAAUACCGUUGAUUAUGUUGAAAAAUUUUUAUUUAAUUUACCUGAUGAAUUUUCUGUAUUUCGACGUUAUACAGUAACUGGUAGACGUUGUAAAACUGGUACAAUUUGUGAAAAAAAUAAACUUGGUGGUUUUUGGUCAUGUGAACCAGAAGGUGCUGAAAUAGGAUCUUGGGAUUAUUGUUGUGAACCAAAUCAUCAGUGUGGUUUUUCACAGGGUUUUUCAUAUUUAUGGUGUUAUGUUGGUUCAUCACCAGAACAAUGGAGACCUUGUAGUGAAACAUAUGAUCCAAAUUUUGAAAAACCACAUCCAAUUCGUCCGACUCGUCCAAGAAUUGAAGAUGAUGAAAAAAAUAAUUAUUUACGUCAUUGGCCAAUUGCAUUUUUACAUCAUGAAUCACCUCCAAAUGGUACAGACUCUGUUGCACUUGCGAAUGACAUCAAAAAUCAUCAUCAACAUCAUGAUUUAACAAAUGAAACGACAACAGUUGUAAUAGAGCACAACGUUGUACCCAUUGAGACAAAUAAUAACAACAAUAAUUUAACAAACACAACAACAACAACAACAACAACAACAACAACAACAACACAUAUUCAACGAAGAGGCACAAAACAAAAUGAUAAAGAUAAUGAACUGACAAUAGUACCAAUAAAAAUAACAAGUACAACAGAAAGAAACAAGAUGAUUCUUCCAUCAAGGCAUAAUUUAUCAAGUAAAAAUAGUAAUUAUUCAACAAGAUUUUCAAGAGAUGAAAAUGGACAGUAUUUCAUUACAAAAAGACUCAAUGCAGGUUUACCAACUGCAAUUCCAAAAUUACCACAAAUUAAAGAAGAAGAAAAAAAUAAUAAUAAAGGAUUUGUUGCAAAAAUUGAAAGAAUUACAAAGAUAAAUGAUAUAAAAACUAAAAAAAAUAAUGAUGAUUUAUCAAUGAGUCAACAACUAACAUCAAAUAAUUCGACAAUAAUUGUACCAUCAAUUUCAUUUGUUUUUGAAAAUACUUCAACUGUUAUUCCAAACAAUAUCAGAACUAACAAACACUGGGAAAAAAUUGAUACUAUUAAAAAAUCUAAUGACUAGAUUAUUUUCUAAUUAAAAAUAGCAUAUUUUUUUUUUGUAAUUUUUUAAUUUUCUUAUUAUCCAAUUUUUACCUUCAAAGUAUUAAUGAUAUUUAAAUAAUUACAAUAACAAUAUUAUAAU